CAGUCUCUAAAGUCUAAAGAUUCUGAACUGCGAAGUUUGAGUACGUUUUCGUGUUGGCGUAGUCUUUGUUGCUUUUUCCUAAUUUUUUUCCCACUUCUUUUUUAUAUUUCCUUUUAACUCAAAAUUUUCUGAGAGUUUAAAGCUGCAACGGAAUCACCAUAUACAGAGAAAGUGUGUGCGCGCAGGAUAAGAGCAUGCAAGUUUCAAUUAACCAGGCAAGAGAGAGAGAGAGAGAGAGGGAUGAAAGUUUUGGUUGUAUGUUGUUGAUUGAGGAGAGAGAGAGAGAGAGAGAGGCAAAAGGAAAGCGAGGUUGGGAGGAAUCAAUCAGUAUGAUGACCACUUUGAUCGAAAGGUCGAUUUCUUUUGACACUCGCUGGUCGCUAUAAGAUGGUAAAAAACAAAGCACUCGAUAAUCCGACCACUCAUGCUUUGGUCCGCGUGCUUUGAUGCAAAACUGACCCUUUUCUUUCUUUUUUUUUCCUCUUUGCUCUCUUUUGAUAGAUUACAUAGGGAGACCCCACUUAGAUUUCACUACCUUUUUACAGGUUUUGUUCCUGAUUUUUGUAUUUUUGGGGCGUGCUCUGUGUCUAAUUUGAUUGCUUUCUAGCGGAAUACUAGAUUCUGUGACAUGGGUUGUUGCUUAUUUCUCUGUUCUUCUCAGGAAACUGUGGUUUCUUGAGGUGGGUCUGUGGGGGUUUUUUUUUUCUGAUUAAUUUGACCAAACAUGUGAUUGCUUCAUUUCAUUGGUGAAAUAUUGUGAUUUCUUGAGCUGGGUCAUAGGUUAUGUCUUGUUUUUCAGAGGAAAUAUGGGUUUUCUUGAGGCGUAUUUGAUGAAUUUUGUGGGUUUUGCAAUUGGGGUUUUGGGUUUUGAGGUUCAGCUUAGUUGAUGUAGUAAUGGAUACUCGUGGUUGAGGCAGAGCGAGAGAGAGCAUAUGGGUUCUGUUGAAGAGAAGAUCAGAAAAGGAGGGUUGGUUAGUGGGGCACAUACUCUACUUGAGGAGAUGAAAUUGUUGAAGAAAACGCAGGAUCAUUCUGGGGUCCGGAAGCCGAUGAAUUCAGAGCUAUGGCACGCAUGUGCUGGCCCAUUGGUCACCUUGCCUCAGGUGGGAAGCCUUGUGUAUUACUUCCCACAAGGACACAUUGAACAGGUGGCAGCAUCUACAAAUAGAACUGCAACCUCACAAAUCCCUAACUAUCCAGAUCUCCCAUCUCAAUUGAGGUGCCAAGUUCACAAUGUUACGCUACAUGCAGACAAAGAUACCGAUGAGAUCUAUGCCCAAAUGAGUCUUCAACCUGUAAAUUCUGAAAAAGAUGUCUUCCCUAUACCAGAUUUUGGACUAAAGCACAAUAAACACCCAAGUGAAUUCUUCUGCAAAACUUUGACUGCAAGUGAUACAAGUACCCAUGGUGGCUUUUCAGUGCCUCGCAGGGCAGCAGAAAAGCUAUUUCCACUAUUGGAUUAUUCAAUGCAACCUCCAGCUCAGGAGCUUGUUGUCCGAGACUUGCAUGAUAAUACCUGGACAUUUCGUCAUAUAUACCGUGGGCAGCCAAAGCGACACCUUCUCACAACUGGUUGGAGUACAUUUGUUGGUGCGAAAAGGCUUAGAGCAGGUGAUGCUGUUUUAUUUAUCAGGGAUGAAAAGUCGCAACUACUGUUGGGUGUGAGGCGUGCAAAUCGUCAGCAAACUGCUUUGCCAUCGUCAGUUCUUUCUGCUGAUAGCAUGCAGAUUGGAGUCCUUGCUGCUGCAGCUCAUGCUGCUGCUAAUCGAAGUCCGUUCACAAUUUUCUACAAUCCGAGGUAUGUUCGAUCUGUGAUCUUGUACCCAUUUUUGUGGUGUUUUUGUAUAAUUUGCUAUUUGUGUUGUUUCUUGAUUGUACUACGAUUUCUACUUAUCCACAGGGCAUGCCCCUCAGAGUUUGUUGUUCCUUUAGCCAAAUAUCAAAAGUCUGUGUAUGGCACACAACUUUCAGCUGGUAUGAGAUUUGGCAUGAUGUUUGAAACAGAGGAGUCGAGUAAGCGCAGAUAUAUGGGUACAAUUGUUGGUAUAAGUGAGUUAGAUCCACUGAGGUGGCCUGGUUCCAAGUGGCGUAAUCUUCAGGUUGAGUGGGAUGAAACCGGGUGUAGUGAAAAACAGAACAGAGUGAGUCCAUGGGAAAUUGAGACUCCUGAAAGUCUUUUCAUUUUUCCUUCUCUGACUUCAAGUCUCAAACGUCCUCUACAGUCUUGUUUUCCAGGGGGCCAAACUGAUUGGGAAAAUUUGAUAAAGAGACCUUCCAUCCAUGUCACUGGAAAUUUAAAUGGGGACUUUCCAUAUCCCUCAACUUCAAACAUUUGGUCGGAACAACUAAUGAAGAUGCUAAUAAAACCUCAAAGUAUUAACCAUCCUGGUACUAUUACAACUGCCGUACAAGAUUCCACUGCUAAAGGAGCUCAGUUGCAAGAUGCUAAGACUCUGAUGCAAGCAAUGAUGAAGCAGAAACCUCAUUCAGAAAAUAUAUUGACAGAGAAUGAAAGUCGCCCCCAGUUCCACGUUGACCAACCCAAUACCUCAGAUCCAAACUUCCCAUCACAAUCAAAUGUACCAGGAGAAUUACAAGCUCCAAACAAACUUGGAAACCAAUCACUGCCUCCCAGGACUAAUACUGAAGUGACAAAAUUAGAACCUGUGCUUGCAGCAGAUCAAUUAAGCCAGUUAACUUCUUCUGCGGGGCAGUGUUAUGAAGACAAACUAUCUGCAAACCCCCCAAAUCCGCAGAAUCUUGUAAAUCAGCUGACGUUCCUCAACCAGAACCUUGGUUCAUUGCAAUCACAGACUAAUCCAUGGCUCAUGCAGUCGCCGUUAGAAUCAUUGAUUGCCCACCCUCAACAAAUUGAUGCACCCCAAUUAGAGUCGACUAGUCUCAAUGGUUUACUUCCAUACCAUGAGGCUACUGAAUGGAAUUUGUAUCCUUAUUCAUGUCAAUCUCUUAAUGGAUUUCUUAGGUCGCCUGGACCUUCGCAUGUGUUUGGAAAGCAAGAUCCUUCGGUGGUGUUCUCAGAAACAGUUAAUCCCACUCUACAUUCAAUGGGCCAUGAAAUGUGGGAUCAUCAGGUUAAUAAUUUAAGGUGUUUGCCCCAAGCUAACCAACUUGCUCCAUUACCUCAGCAGGACCCAUUUAAUCUUCAGGGUAUAUCUACUUCAGAUGGUUUGAGAGAUUUGCCAGAUGAAAGCCAUAAACAAAAUGAGAUAUACAGCUGCCUGAAUUUUGAUGGUAGUAAUGGUGGAAGCACAGUUGUUGAUCCUUCUGUUUCAAGCACUAUAUUGGAUGACUAUAGCACAUUGAAAGAUGCUGAUUUCCAAAAUCCCUCAGAUUAUUUGGUAGGUAACUUCUGUUCAAGCCAGGAUGUUCAUUCUCAGAUUACAUCAGCAAGCCUAGCAGACUCUCAGCCAUUUGCUCUACAAGAAUUUCCAGACAACUCCGGCGGCGCAUCUUCAAGCAAUGUGGAUUUUGAUGAUAGCAGUCUUUUGCAGAACAGCUCGUGGCAACAAGUAAAUGCACCAGUGCGAACCUAUACAAAGAUUCAAAAGGCGGGAUCAGUUGGAAGGUCGAUUGAUGUCUCAAGAUUUAAGGAUUAUGAUGAACUACGUUCUGCCAUUGAAUGCAUGUUCGGACUUGAGGGGCUUCUCAAUGACCCAAGAGGUUCUGGGUGGAAACUGGUCUAUGUGGAUUUCGAGAAUGACAUUCUCCUUGUGGGGGAUGAUCCUUGGGAGGAAUUUGUUGGCUGUGUCCGGUGCAUCAGAAUUCUAUCUCCUUCUGAAGUUCAGCAGAUGAGUGAAGAGGGAAUGCAGCUUCUCAACAGCACCACAAUGCAGGAAACUAUGGGUUUUGUAUCAGAAGGUGGUCAUGCUUGUGACGCCCCCAAUUGAAACUGCUUUAUCAGUGACUGCUCAUCUACUGUCUACUUUUGUAUUGGAGACGACAAAUUCUCAGAUUCAUCUCUCUUGCCUGAUUGAUACUAAAUAAUGUGUGAUCUCGGUAUAGAAUCUCAGGCAAGUCCAAGUGAUAUAGGUACUGAAUCUUUGAUGCCACUGGUGGAUUAGAGCUUUUGUUUUAGCUUUUAUUCUGUAGAGUUUGUAGAGUUGAUGUAUGGAAAGUCAGGAACCUGUUUAACACGACAAUGUAUUGUUUGAUGAUCAGAUGAAAAUGUGUCGCGUUUGUUGUA